AUGGACAAUGUCCCGGAUCGGUACAAAACACUCAUACCAGACCGCCGGAGCGCAGAGCUCUUGGAGGUGUACAAAGUCGGCACUGCGAACGCUCUGGAGUUCCAGAUACCUUACCAGGACUAUACCAUCGGUCACAUUCUUCGCAAGGAGCUCCUUUCCAUGCCUCAAGUGACGUUCGCAGGGAUGAAGACACCCCAUCCGUUGGAGUCCAAGAUCGUCAUCCGUCUUCAGACGAACCCGUCGGGGUUUCUGUCUGACACAAUCCAGGCCACGCCCGAGAACUGCUUCCAGAGCGCCCUUACAAAGAUAACAGAGUCUAUGGAGCUGAUAAAGAAAACCUUUAUGGCUGCUGUGGACGACUAUAGUAUCAUGCACACCCACCCAGGGUCCAUCUAA